AGUUGUCUGUGGUAUAAUUGAAUUGAAUUUAUCAAAACCAAUGUGUUAUUUUAAUGUUUAAAACAUAAAUAUACGAUUUUUAAUACAAUUUUACCAAUUUCUGUAAUUUAUCAUUCCUUUUAGCUAGUAGCGAUUAAAACUUUAACCACAACAAUCGACGCAAACAUGUCUGUAAGUCUUAAAGCGAACGAUAAUAAACCGGAACCUAUAGCAUAUAGCGAAGCAGCUUUAAGAAAUAAUGCGAUAGUCGUGGAAUACUGCCGUACUUCCAUGUCAGCGUUAUCAGGCUCAACUGCAGGUGUUCUUGGCUUGACCAGUCUAAAUGGAUUUGCAUUCUACAUGUUUGCUGUGAUUAUUUUAUGGGUAAUGUUUAUGAUCAAAGCAGGGCCUAACUGGCCUAAAUACUAUGUAUCAAGGCAAAGUAUACUCACAAAUGGAUUCUUUGGUGGACUCUUUACUUAUGUUUUAUUUUGGACAUUUAUAUAUGGAAUGGUACAUGUCUAUUAGAAGUGUUAUGUAACUAUAAUUUUAUAAUAAAAGGAUAAAUAUAACUAUAAUUUUAUAAUAAAAGUUAGUUAAUAUAAUAUAUUGUAACAUUACCAAUUAUAUAUCGUCAGAGUACUAUAACUUUGUCCAUGUCUGUUUUAGUUUUGAUUGAUAUACUAUUAAGUACACGGAAUAGUAUUGGUUAAGGUAUUUAUUACAUUAUUUAUGAUUA